GGCAAUUCCAGCAAGAAGUGUAGUCCCAAAGACGCUGCCGUGGGCAGGGCCUUGCUCAGGCGGGCCAAGGCGAUGGACGUCCAUGAUGCGGAGCAGCAGUGGAACAACCGCCCUGGGAAUCGAACUCACGAGGCCGCCACCACUGCUCUCGUCAAGUCGGCUCGCGAGCUCACCAAGUUCCCUAGUGAUGAGGCCUGCCUGAAGCUGUCUGAGGAGGUCACCAUCCUGGCGCGCGAGAUGCAGGAUCGUAAACGUAUAUUUGAUGAGCUGAAGCAGGCCCCCGCUGAGUUUGUCAACCAGGUGUUCUCGGAUGAUGAUCGGAAGACGGUGCUAUCUUUGAAAUGUCCCCUCCUCGUGCAGAUUAUCCAACAGACAUCGUUCCAAUUGGCGCCCAUUGACCCCUCACUCAUAUUGAAGCUCGCCGAGUGCCCAAUCGACAUCGUCCCCGACACAGAUGCUCAGCCCCCUGGCUGGUUCCCGCUCUCACGCAUGUGCUUGGGGAUGGCCUUUCUAUCCUCGGGGUGCACCGACAGCAAUCCCACGGCCGAGACGGUCAUCGCGCUGCUCACCCGCACGCAGAACAGCAUCGUGGUGGACAUGGUGGAGCGGAUCUGCCUCGACGCGGAACAUGAGGACAACUGCGUGGCCAUGAUCGAGGAGGUGCGGUCGGCCUUGCAGCACUUUGCGCCCUUCGUGUUCGACGAUGCCGAAACGAUUACGUACGAGCGCGGGGAGACGAAGUGCGAGGUGCAGAUCAAGAACGGUUUGUUCAAGCAGGCUUACAUCGACCUCUCGAUGAUGAUCGUCGCGGGCGACGUCCUCAAGACCGUUCGUGCAGGGGGGGUCGUGUCAGGAGAGCUUCGCACCACUGCGAAGAAGAUGAUGGCUGCGAUCAAGAUGGCUUCGCCACGCCUUCGCAAGCUCGCCACGGCUGCAGGCCUCAAGGGCCCAUGCAACUCGAACGCCAUCAAGCUCGCAUGGGACAAGUUGGCUGAGAUGUUUCCUAGCACGGGCCCCACUGCAAUCGCGAACGAGAUCGAUAGCGCCAACUCGGCCUUCCAGGAGAAGGCUGAGGCGGCUGAGGCUACGGAUCCGCGGGUGGACGCCUUCAGCAUGAUAGUCGACGUCACUGAGCACACUGGCGUGGUCGACAGACUUGCUUCCUUGUGUAUCUACGGUGACGCUUCCGACUUCGAGGUGGAG